CUCGCUGGUGUGGACACAACUUGGAUGGGUGACCGGGGUACAGGAGACAUCCACAAGGGCAGGAACUUCUACUCCUACUACAACAUACCCAAACGCCAAACCUCCGCUGGGGAAGCUUCGCUUCAAGGAUCCAGUGGAGGCUGAUCCCUGGGAGGGGGUGAGAGUGGGAAAACGAGAGUAUCCUACUCCUUGCAUCCAGAUCCCGCAUCUUACCAUGGUCAGCGGGGGGACUGAGAUGAUUGGCCACGAGGACUGUCUUUACCUCAAUGUUUUCUCUAGUAAGCCGAACCAGACAGAGGCAGGAUUGCCAGUACUCGUGUACAUCCAUGGUGGAGCCUACUUCGGUGACAGCAGUAGUCGGUACCCUCCUCACGUCCUGCUUAACGAAGACAUCGUUCUGGCCACAAUGCAGUACAGACUUGGCAUUUUUGGCUUCCUCUCCACCGAGGACGAGGUGAUGCCUGGGAACCAGGGGCUGAAGGACCAGGCACUGGCCCUCCGCUGGGUCAAGACCAACGUGCGUCAGUUUGGAGGUGACCCUGAGAAGAUCACUAUCUUCGGGGAAAGUGCUGGAGGUGGAUGUGUCCACUUUCAAGUACUCUCUCCCAAGACUGACGGACUGUUCGCUCGAGCAAUCAUUCAGUCUGGUUCGGCUAUAUGUCCACGGUCACUAGGAGAUGCUCACAGGGAUGUUGCUUACCACACUGCUGCUGUGGUAGGAUGUCAUCAGUGGGAUUCCUACGAGUUGUUGCAGUGUCUGCAGGAGGCCAGGGCGGAGGAGCUGGUCUUGAUUCUGCCCAAGUACAUUAAGUGGCGUUACCUCCCGAUAUUGUUGGGGCCGCGAGUGGACGGGGAUUUCCUUCCUGACGAUCCAGAGGUGUUGGCAAGAGAUGGUCGUCACAAGAAAGUGGACAUCAUAUCUGGCAUCACGUCUCAUGAUGGAGGUGCUUUUGUUACUGCUAUGUACAGCCAAGAGGAGCAGCUCAAGGCCCUGCAGGAGAGAUUCCCUGACCUGGGUCCAGUAUCCAUGUCCUUGAAAUGUAUCGACGACAACCCACUUCUGCUGGCCAACAGGAUGUUUCACCACUACCUGGGAGGUGUGAACCUGGACCAGGCCGACCCUGAUGAUGUCAUGAAGUUGUUUACUGACCGACACUUUGGGGUUUGUCACGACCUGACCGCCAUACUUCACUCUCGAAACUCUGUUGAUCCUCUAGCACACACCUCCAGCCACCAGCCCAGAACAUAUACUUACGAACUUCAGUACAGAGGAGAGCACUCCCUUGGAGACUUGUAUAACAUGACCGUCGGAAGACACUGGGUGACCCAUGCAGACGACUUAGCCUACCUCUUCAACUUGAGAGGGUUUCAGCUCACUCGCGCUCCUGACCUUGCCCUCAGAGAUCUCUUCACUAAACUUUGGACCAACUUCGCCGAUACUGGGAACCCAACGCCAGACUCAUCUUUGGGUUUCAUCUGGGAAACUACACAGAAGCUCACCUGCAGCAUCUGGUCCUGUCUCCUUCACCUUUCAUGCAGAACGACACCAGACGUCAGAAAACGGGGAUCUCCUGAGCGCAUUAGAAAAUAA